GUACUCCGUAUCGCAAUUCCUCCGCAAAAUGUUCCAGGCCUCAUUUGCUCUUCGAUCGAUAUAUUUAACAGGUUAAAGCAAGCUUAUCAAGCAUGUUUUAGGAAAAGUGACUAUCUAACUACCACAUAUACAAUCUUACUAUCACAGGACUGUAUAGCUUGUAGUUUCUCGCCCAUCAAUGUUUGCAUUUCGUCGCCUUAUCUCCGCUAGCGGAAGCCGUUUACUUUCUUCUGUUCCCUCGCCCGUUUGUGUGUACCCGCUUGUUGAAAGACAAAUGAAGAUAGCUAUCAUCGGCCAGUCUGUAUUCGGGGUGGAUGUGUACAAUCUGCUCAGAACGCAGGGACACGAUGUGGUCGGAGUUUUCACAAUCCCUGAUGCCAACGGUAAAUCAGACCCUCUAGCUGCAGCUGCUGAGGCAGAUAAUGUCCCAGUGUUCAAGUUUCCUAGAUGGAGGAAAAAGGUCGAUGGAAAAUUCCAGGUAUUACCUGAAGUGUUUGAGAAAUACAACUCUCUGGGAGCCGAGCUGAAUGUCAUGCCCUUCUGUUCGCAGUUUAUACCCAUGGAGGUGAUAGACAAGCCUCAGCACGGUUCUAUUGUGUAUCAUCCUUCUAUCUUACCAGCUCAUAGAGGUGCUUCAGCCAUCAACUGGUCGCUGAUGAGCGGUGAUAGGACAGGAGGUUUCACUAUUUUCUACGCGGAUGAAGGAUUAGAUACCGGACCCAUACUCCUACAAAAGGAAACUACUAUUGAUCUAAAUGACACUGUUGAUACCUUCUACAACAGAUUUCUCUAUCCUGAAGGAGUAAAAUCGAUGGGGGAAGCUGUGCGUCUGAUAGCAAACAAAAAAGCACCCAAGAUCACCCAGACUGAGUGGGGUGCCACCUACGAUCCCAUCUGGAGAAAGAAGUCUCUAGCCGAGGUAGACUUCGGCAUGGACGCGCUAUCUCUCCACAACUUUAUCCGAGGAAACGACAAGAUUCCCGGAGCCUGGGCUGAAGUGGACGGUCAGAAGAUUAAUCUGUACGGCUGCAAGUUUAUAGAUUGUAACAAACCUGUCGUGGGUACUGAGUUCCCUGUUAAAGGAUGUGAGAAGAACGCUGUUGUUAACAGGUACGGACUAUGGUUGUUUGGUAGUGACGGCAGGAAGGUAGUAGUGAGUCAGGUACAGCUGGAGGAUGGUAGAACAGUGAACGCCAGCAAGUUCGGCAGUGCCGAGCUGGAUAACGUGGUGGUCUUAGAGUUGAGUCCUGAGGAAGAGGCCAUGAAGGCGGCUAUAGCUGAUGUGUGGGCUAGUAUUCUUAACACUGUGGUUGAGGAUGAGGUCGACUUCUUCAAAGCUGGAGCUGGAAGUAUGGACGUAGUGAGACUUAUUGAAGAGAUUAAAGAGAAAUGUGACGGACUAGCUAUUGAGAACGAUGAUGUCUACAUGAACACCAAGUUCUCUGAUUUCGUGCAGAUGCUGGUGCUCAAGUCACGUGGGGGAGGUGGAGCUGCAGAGAUAGACGUACCUGCUGUGGAGCUAAGGAUCAACAACAUGGACCUCAAGAUACCUUACAAACUCUUCAUUAACGGACAGUUCGUGGAUGCACUGGAGGGGAGAACGUUUACAACUAUCAACCCAACUGAUGAAUCUGUUAUUUGUAGUGUUCACGAGGCACUGAAAGAGGAUGUAGAUCUCGCUGUGGAAGGAGCAAAGUAUCAGUUUUACGAAGGAGAAUGGGGAAAGAUGAACGCUAGAGACCGUGGAGCCCUACUCUACAAACUAGCUGACCUGAUGGAGGCACACGCUGAGGAGCUGGCUACUCUGGAGACUAUCGACAGUGGGGCUGUCUACACCCUGGCGCUAAAAACCCACAUCGGCAUGUCCAUCGCUACCUUCCGGUACUACGCCGGGUGGUGUGAUAAGAUCCUCGGGGACACAGUUCCAAUAAACCACGCUACUCCCAACAGGAACCUGUGUAUCACCAAGAAGGAACCCAUUGGACCUGUUGGACUGAUCGUACCCUGGAACUACCCUCUGAUGAUGUUAGCCUGGAAGAUGGGAGCUGCACUGGCUGCCGGUAACACUGUUGUUAUUAAGCCUGCUAACGUGACCCCGCUAACCGCUCUAAAGUGGGCGGAGUUGACCGCUAAAGCUGGCUUCCCUCCUGGCACCGUGUCUGUGUUGCCCGGAUCUGGGUCCAGGUGUGGACAAGCCAUCCUGGACCAUCCUGAUAUCAGGAAGGUUGGGUUCACUGGAUCUACUGGUAUCGGAGUAACAGUCAUGGAGUCCUGUGCUAAGAGCAACCUUAAGAAGUGCUCACUCGAACUUGGCGGUAAAUCACCUCUGAUAAUCUUCGCUGAUUGUGACAUGUCCUCAGCCGUGAGAAACGGUAUGGGAUCGGUUUUCUUCAACAAAGGAGAGAACUGUAUUGCUGCAGGUCGACUGUUUGUGGAGAAGAGCAUACAUGACGAGUUUGUAGCUCGAGCUAUUGAGGAGUGUAAGAAGAUGAAGAUAGGAGACCCUCUGGACCGGUCCACAGCGCACGGGCCCCAGAACCACCGCAAACAUUUCCAGUCCCUGCUGGACUUCGUGGACCGUUCUGUUGAGGAGGGUGCUACUCUAGCAUAUGGUGGAAAGCAGGUGGACAGACCUGGUCUGUUUAUGGAGCCUACCGUUCUUACUGAUGUUACUGAUGAUAACUUUGCUGCCCACGAGGAGUCAUUCGGUCCGAUCAUGAUAAUCUCACCAUUUGAAGAUGGUGAUAUGGAGGGAGUCCUGCGUAGAGCUAAUGCCACUGAGUUCGGGCUUGCUUCCGGAGUCUUCACCAACGACAUCAAGAAAGCACUGAGAGUGAGCGAAGGACUUAAUUGUGGAACGGUGUUCAUCAACACCUACAAUAAGACGGAUGUAGCUGCACCUUUCGGAGGGUUCAAGCAGUCAGGAUUCGGCAAGGAUCUGGGACGAGAUGCAUUGGAUGAGUACAUGAAGACGAAGGUCAUCACUAUGGAGUACUGAUCUUAUUGACUUAAACUUCAUAGUCGUAGUUAUUGAUUAGAUAAACUUAUUAUUCAUUUUGUAUGAUUGUCGACGAACUGUUGUUGUGGGUAACCAUCAAAUUAUUUUUAGUUAUUCAGUGUUUUUAUACGUAGAAAGUAAGCUGAAGCUUCUUCAGUUGAGUGGUUUAAGUGUUAAGGCUAAUUUAUUGCAGAACGAUUUAUAUAUUAUUAAUCUCGUUAUACCACAUUCAAAAA